CGGAGCGAUGACCAGCGAUGACAGUGGAUGAACCCGCACGCAAGUGCUUUGGUAUCUCACUCGUACGGCGAAUACCCGAAGGGUUGGUGCCGACAUCAGUACAAGAAUUAUGAUUUUCCCACGAGAUAAUUCAAUCUCUGAGUCUUUGAGUUAAUUUAAUUAGGAAGAUGAAGAGUGCACUUCAUCAGUGCAUCAACUUUUUUGCCACAAAGUUGUUGCCUCUAUAAUAUUUUAUGUAAUGAAUCCUGGUAGCUGUUCUGUAUUGUAUCUCCUCUUUAUAUUGGAUAUUUGAAAUGUUUAUGCGCAAGACAAUGAUGAGUUUUAUUAGGUAUUUGGCAAUCUAAAAGAGCUCAGCUAUGGCUGAAGGUGGAACAGAGCCAAAGUCUAUUGACGGCCAGAUUUCAAGGGGUCAGUUGGAAAUAAACGAAUGCCUCGGUAACUGGUUGACGUACUUACAGACACUUAAUGGCCUAUGCACAGCUGGUACUAAACUGGCCCAAUCCCUGCAAGCACUUCUUUCCAUGCAUGAUACAGUGGCACAAUGCCGUCUGACAGGUCAAUGUCUGGCUGGAUGGGAAGAGUUAACGAGAGCCACGCACAUAGCCAGCAGUACUGUUAAGAAUCAUGUGAUCACUGCUCUGAGGGAUCAUGAAUCUCGUGACAAUGAUGGGGACAAGCACGAUAUCUUAAGGGAAAAUCUCUUAACAUUUAUAAACUUGCAAUAUCAAUUCUGCGUUGCUUGUUGUGAGUGUUUAGGUGGUAUGGCAGAAUGUUCUUGCUCCCAGAACGGUAGCGGUGAUUGCGAUAUUGCCGCGUUACAGCAAUGCUUCGAGCGUCUUUACAGUUCACCAAUACCACCAAUUUCCUCCUCGUCCACCCAACAAUCGAUGCCGAAUUGUCGGAGGUCCCCAUUGCCGUAUUCAUUAUUUCCACAGGUUCAGAGGAGAUGGUCAGAAACGGCAGCGGCGGAAAUGUCGGGCGAGUCCGUCGAGAGCACGAUGAGGCGUUGGUCAAUGCCUUGGGAUUGCAAGCAUGUCAUAGAGUGGCCGCGUCAGGACGCGAGGUCGAGAUUAAGGGUACCGCAGCAAGAUCACAGCAGAUCGACUACGCCUGAUUCAGUGUGGAAAACGUCGACGAUGGCUAGUCAGGACGGUCUGCAGGAAGCCAUUCAGUUGUUAUCUUGCAAACCAGGAGUUCGGCCGUCCAAUCAACUCACGGCUUACACUAGUCAGCAUAUCCCAGGCGUCACCUUAACGACCUGCAAUUUCGACUCAAAUUACGACUCCACUAUCUGGUCGGGAUCGCGUAGAAUAGGUUCUCCCAGAUGCUGGCCUCAGGAUUCUAGCGAUCAUUCCGAUCAAUCCGGACAUCGUGAUAGCGAUCACAGUGUUCAUAGCGGCGAACAUAGGGAUUCGGAACAGAGCGGUGCCAGUGGCAGUCAUGGCGAUAGCAAGGAUAGCAUUCACUCGCAUUGCGAUCAUAGAGAAACGGAAACUGGUACAGCGGACACAUUGCCGUCUCGCAAGAGCAGCUCGUCAACCGAUUCCUGCCUCUCGGCGCACAGCCGAUCGGGUUCGGAAAGCGCUGGUGGCGGGGAAUGUACGAGAUCGCAAUUGUACUCGAUGUGGAGCGGUGGCGACUUGUCCUUCAUCAAGUUACCAGAGAGCAACGAGAUACAAGAUGAACAUCCACCCACUUAAAUGUCUGCCACUAUUACUUCUUAUCUAAAAUGUAUCCGAUGAGAAAUUCAACCUUUGGAUUACUGAGCCGUGAAAUAACUAUUCUAUCUUUUCAUGAUUUUUUUUUAAAGAUAUUACACGCUAAAAAAAUAAUAUAAAAUCUAAUAUAUGAAAUGUUGUUCUAAACAUUAGCGUGAAAAAAUAGAAAUAUAUCUCGUGACCCAGCAAUCCAAAGGUAAGUCAUCGCUACGAUGAAAUUUGUUGACCUGUAAAUUCACCUAGUGAUUCGACCAAUUUUAUUCGUGAUGUGUAUACGUGUUUGUAUUUGUGAGCGCGAUAUGACGGCGCGAGUUAGUAUGUGCAUAUUGAGUGUGCAACAAACGAUAGAAAAAUAUUUAAAGAAUGUUAUAUAGGGUGCUCACUUCGUAAUAUUUAUUUAUUGUGAUAUUUGUAAAUCGUAAAAUAUAUAUCAUGCAAAAGAUAUAUAAAUUUAUAUGUCCUAUUUAUAUAGAGCUGCAGUUAAGGGCGUAUUGUAUCACUUACACAUACAUCAUACACAUUUAAAUAAUUUCUAUUAAUCUGAUAAAUACUACGAAGUGUGAAACUUUAAAAGUAAACGCUCUAUAUGUUGUUAAAUCUCCCAUAUACAUAUGUGUGUAUGAAUCAAUCGAGAGGAGUAUCAUUCGGCUCACAAUUGAAGAGAACUCUCUUUUAGACCUUUCGAAUUUCGAUACCAAAGCGCGUGCACCUGUGAUCUACUAUUAUCGUUUUAUCGUAUCGGAUAAUGCAAAACUCGAGAGUGUCUUUGCACACCUCGCUAAAUAUCAUUACAUAAUCGACGAAGCAUAUCACAUUCCAUUUGAAGAAACGACGCAUUUUAUAUUUACUUCUACUUGUGUAUCUCGCAUCGUACGACUGUCACAGACACGCAGUACCGUUCGUAA